AUGCAACAACACCUCGAUGGUGCGCACUAUUUGAUGGCCUAUAUCAUACGCUCCCCCAAAUCAAGCCAGCCUAGCAUCGUAUCGCUAGCGACUGAGCUAUAUGUGUACAAUUCUUCUCUUGCAUCGUUCACCACCAAUUGCCCACCAACACCGCUUCCUAUCCAUACAAGCCCUUUCAAAUCGGAUGGUGUAAUGUGCGGUUGCGCUCAUGAGCUUUUCACCUACAUACCCAAGGUUUCCGCUCUUAUGUGGGAGUUUGCGUCCCAUGACUCGAAGUUGCCUAGAAAUGACCUUAACUUGCAGUACCAUGCGUUGAGGGCUCAAAUCAAAAACUGGAAGCCAUAUAGCGAACAGUCAGGCAUGGUUCUUUGCGCAGAGCUGUAUCAACAGAGCCUUCUACUCUUGUUGGAUUUUCAAUUCUCUGGCAAUGGGUCGCAAAUCAAUAUUGAGAAUGCCUUUCAAAAUCUCGAGUUCCUCCUUGCUCGCUUUCCUCCAACCUCACCUAUGGCUACCACCGCUACUUGGCCUCUUUUUGUAUUUGGCAUAAUCGCCCACAAUGACCACCACAAAACGUGCGAUGAAUCUAGACCCAGUUGUCGAGAGUGUCUGAAAAAGGGCUUUGUAUGUCCUGGAUAUCAGAAAAAGCCUCUGGAAUGGCGAUAUGUUUUCCAGGAUCAAGGCGAGGAUCAGGAACAAGUCCAAUUCGACUCCCCACCAAUAGUUGGGCCAUCGGUACAAGAUACCUGUGAGAGUAUAGAGAGUGAGGUGAAAGCUACCCAUAGCAGACAUCUACAAGAACUCUGGGAUGAGGCGAGCUCAACCAACUUGGACCAACUUCCUGAAGUUGACACAUCCAUCGAUAUCCGAUCCAGACUGAAUGAUGUGGCCGUUGUCAAAACAUCACAAUCAGAUAGCUUAGCAAGUCUCCAUCAACGAUUGGCCAACACAACAAUACCCUCCUUUUUGAUCCACAUGCCAGCCAUUCUGGUCCAAUACUAUUUUGACUUUGUCUGCAAAGCCUGGUCCUCCUUUGACUCGCCAUUGAAUCCAUUCCGACUUAUUGUCAGUCGUCUUUGGAGUCAAAAUGCGGCUAUCUACUAUGCCAUUCAGAGCAUGGCGGCAGCCUCGCUUGCAAAUGAUUUCCCAAGUAUGAGAGCGAUUGGAAUCCAAACACAACAGCAAGCAAUUGCAUGUCUUCGGAACAAUCCCCGAAUAGGCUCUCUGCAUCGAGAUGAUCAUGACGAUGAGUAUUUUCUGGCCCUUCUCAUGAUCGGGUUAACAACAGCUUGGCACAACGCCGCCGACUUGGGAUUGGAAUAUUUGAAAGAAGCAAAGGACUACCUCGUGAAUCAGCAACAAAUGUGUCAGAAUCCUGAAUCGACUUUUGCGAAACAGUACCCUCUUUUCCAGCAAUGCCUGCUUUAUUGGAACAUGAUGGCCGCCUUUGUGGCGGAGGACUCGCUGCUUCUGAAUGAAGAGAAGGUCCUGGAAAGACCCGAUACAGAGAUGUCAGUCUACUUGGUGGACGGUCAAGCCCUUCCCCACCCAUGGACAGGGCCACUUUCUAAAUCAAUCAGCCUCUUCUACCAGACUGCUAAAUUGAUUCGAGCUGCUCGGAUCUCCUAUCGGACCCGCAGCGACAAUCUGGACUUGGCAAAUAUUGACUUCAACUUUCUUGUUGAGGAGAUUCAUCAACAUGAAACUGCCGAGCGACUCGAAGAGGAAAUUUUGUUUACGGGAAUUUCUUCCUACUGUGGCCCGGUCGACAUCGGCGACACAGACACACCCCCAACCCACUUCAUAACUCUAGCAGAGACAUAUCGCUGUACUGCCCUACUCCAAAUCUACCACGUCUUCCCCGACAUUCUAGAUGAGCGGCUCCAAUGCGAAAGCUUACCCGAACAAGAACCUUCAGUUCUCUUCUCUCUUCUCUUCGGGGUAAAUUCCACAUUGCCUUCGGCGGAGGAGGCUCGUCGAGUCUUAGCUCUCCAUAUCGUAUCGCUUCUUGAUCAAAUCCCUCCCUCGUCCGGAACUAGAUGUAUGCACCCCGUAGUUCUGACCUGCAUUUCGAGCGAUCUUGGGUUUUCCAAUCAGUCUCUUUUCGGUUCUGCGGCGAAUGCAAUAGCUUCUUUGAGCGCUUUAGACGUGGAGAUUGCUCAGGCUCGGCGAAAGGUCAGCAUGUGGUUCUCGGAACUUACUUUGAUUCUUCCAAAACUGCGGUUGCAGCGCAUGUCUCGCAUUGUGCACGAAACUUGGAGUAGAGCGGAUGCUGGAGUUGGUGAAUACUGGUUGGACACAAUGCUUGAACACAACCUUGAGACCAUGAUGGGAUAA